UGGGCAUGACGCAGCGCCCGUCGGCGUGACGUCACGCCGGGCCCUGGCGUCAUUUGCAAGCGCCGGCAGCGGCCGGCACCUCGCGGCGGCGGCGGCAUGAGCGCGGACGAUGAACUGAGCCUGCUGGUCAUCGUCAUCGACACCAACCCCAUCUGGUGGGGGAAGAGGGCGCAGGGGGAAGCGGAGCAGUUCACCCUAUCAAAAUGUAUCGAUGCAGCGAUGGUACUGGGAAAUUCACACUUGUUUAUGAAUCGUACCAACAAGCUUGCUGUAAUAGCAAGUCACACACAAGAAAGCCGUUUCUUGUACCCUGGGAAGCGCUGGGCUUUUUCUGAUCUCCUUGGAGAUGGCAGUAGUUCUGUGGAAUCCAAUUGUUCUGGCAGCAAAGAUGGAAAAUACGAAUUGUUAACAGCAAUAAAUGAUGCAAUUGCAGAAGAGAUUAAAGAUCUCAUGACAAAAACUGACAUGAGGGGCCAGCAAACAGAAACUCUGUUAGCAGGAUCACUUGCUAAAGCACUUUGUUAUAUUAACAAGAUGAGCAAAGAGGUAAAAGCCAAUCAGGAAAUGAAAUCAAGGAUUUUGGUUAUAAAAGCUGCAGAAGACAGUGCAUUGCAAUAUAUGAAUUUCAUGAAUGUGAUCUUUGCAGCACAGAAACAGAGUAUUUUGAUCGAUGCCUGUGUCUUGGACUCCGAUUCAGGUCUUCUACAACAGGCCUGUGACAUUACAGGUGGCAUAUACUUGAAAGUGCCCCAUAUGCCAUCCCUUCUGCAGUAUUUAUUGUGGGUAUUUCUCCCUGAUCAAGAGCAAAGAUCACAGCUUGUGCUUCCACCUCCUAUUCAUGUUGACUACAGAGCUGCGUGUUUCUGUCAUCGAAAUCUCAUUGAAAUUGGUUAUGUAUGCUCUGUGUGCUUGUCAAUAUUCUGCAACUUCAGUCCUAUUUGUAGUACGUGCGAGACUGCUUUCAAAAUAUCACUGCCACCUGUCAUGAAAGCUAAGAAGAAGAAAUUAAAGUUAGCUGCAUAACAACACUACAUAAAUACACCAUUAUGUCCUCCAGUAAUUCCAUGAAAUGGAAUGUACUAGAGAAAUGGACGGCACUUUUUAUAGGAUGUGAAAGAGAACUGUAUGCAGUCUUAUGACUUGUUUCUUACUGGAUAAAUAUUUAAAUCAUAUUUUCUACACAGUAACAAGUCACUGUAUUACCAUGUAACCUGUGCUGUUUUAAGUACUAAUUCUUAAUUGUAAUAGUAACCAGAAGUUGCAGCUUGUUAAGAUGCAGAUCUUGCAAAGUUAAAAAGUAUUCUUGCCAUUGCAAAGCUUCACACCUCCAAGUUAUUUUCAAAGACAAAGCUCUGAUUGUUUUUAGUCCUAUGUUGGUGUAAAGGUAAGUUAUGACUACUCCUGGUGUGUAGGUUCUGAGUCUUAGCACUGUGUCAUCUGGGGACUUCAACAUUCUGUUAGCCUUUUCUACCUAUUUUUUUGAGUGAAACAGGGUCAGUUUCAGAAUAAAGAAACCAACAUUUUCAAGAUGGUUCAGAAAUC